UCCCGAGAUCUAAAGGUUGAAGCUUACUAGAGUUUUUGUUGAUGCAUUUUGUUAAUAAAUAAAUUAAAAAUGUUAAAGAAAGUUUUGACAUUGGGUCAAUUGUGUUCAAAUCAGUUAAAAGUGUUCCCCAGUCAAUAUAUAAUACGGACAUUAAGAAGAUUGUACUGCAGUAAGGAAGCAAAAAGUAUAUAUCCUAAAAGGAUAUUCUCGGGGAUACAACCGACCGGCACUGUACAUCUAGGUAAUUACUUAGGCGCGAUUAAGGGUUGGGUCAAUUUGCAAAAUGCUGGCGAAGAUGUAAUUUACAGCAUUGUUGACAUGCAUUCCAUUACCCUGACACAAAAACCCUUAGAACUCAAAGAAAAUAUCAUAAAGCUCACAGCUACUUUGUUAGCCUGUGGAAUCGAUCCAAAAAAGAGCAUCUUGUUUCAACAGUCAGUUAUUCCAAUGCACGCGGAAUUGAGCUGGAUAUUUUCAUGUCUAGUGACAAUGCCUAGACUAGCUCGUCAACCUCAGUACAAGGAGAAAAGUGAAACCUUAAAAGACGUGCCUUUAGGUUUAUACAUUUAUCCUGUACUACAAACAGCUGACAUUCUAUUGUACAAAGCUACACAUGUGCCUGUAGGUGAAGAUCAGGUACAGCAUAUACAGUUGGCUGAACAUUUGGCCCAAAAAUUCAACUCAACGUUUGGUAAAACGUUUCCUAUGCCGAUUUCAAUCGUUAACAGGGAUGCUGGGCGCAUCAAAAGCUUAAAAGAUCCAGAAGUGAAAAUGUCCAAAUCAUGUACAAAUGUCAAAAGUCGAAUUGAUUUAACUGAUACUCCUGAUGACAUACUUAUUAAAGUGAAAAAGGCAAUCACAGAUUUCACGUCGGAAGUAACAUUUGAUCCUGAAAAUCGACCCGGUAUAGCUAAUUUGAUCAAUAUUCAUUCUAUGCUUAUUGAUAAAACUCCAGAAGAAAUUUGCCAAGAUGCCAAAGGUUUAGAUACAGGAAAAUACAAGUUGCUUCUGGCAGAUAUAGUUAUCGAAAAAUUGAAUCCAAUAAGGAAAGAAAUAGAAGCGUACUUGAGUGAGCCUGAGUACUUGCAUCAAUUAUUACAAGAAGGUGCUCGAAAAGCCGAAUCUAUUGCUGUUCCAAAUUGGUUAGAAGUUAGAAAUAAAGUAGGUUUUGGAAUUGACACAUUGUCAAUAAAUUUAAGUAGUAAAAGGUCUCAAGCCAUUAGAUGA